GUCCGCAUACAGCCACGCGUCGUGGUGUCGUCACAUCGUCUGGAUUAUGCUAUAAUUUGAGCAACUCAAAACCCAGAACAAUUGAAACAGGAUGCUCCCUCAAUUGCAUAACAGCAUUUUUGCAUAAGUGUGUCUGUGUGUGUGAGUGUGUAUGUGUGCGUGUGACCAGGGAGGAAACACACAAGUACAUACUAAUCGGACGGAACGUUUCACACGUACAACUGGGCUGGCUCGUUAUUACUACAACUACUAAUAAUAAUUCAAUUCAAUAUACGCCGCAUAUUGAAUAUUGACUGGAGUAAAUUGGAUUAUUUUGACAUUUGCUUGCAACGCCGACGCCGCUUUAAUUUGAUUUUGUGGCCCCACGAACUAUCGAAUACAUCGAUUGGAAAGUAUAGGCGAUAGUAGUUACCCCAUCACCAAACAGUAUUCACUUGGAACAACACAUUAAUUAGUGUGCACACUGUUCAAUAACAGUUGAGCAGGCUGUUAGGCGCUUGGAUGCCACAAACAUAACAUUAAACAAACAGUGACACUUACAUAACGCGCAGUCACAGUCGUACGUCGAGUGGUGAUAUGGCCGUGUUUCUGAUCAACAUCUGCAAAUUCAAUGGCUGUUUCAAAACUUUUCCCAGUCUAAGCGACUUAAUAUCACACAUCGAGGGCACACACAUAGACUAUGAUCCUAAGGUGGUUGAGCAAAAGGAGCUGGCACAGCCGGCAUCUCUGCCGCUGAGUUAUGUGCUGCGCUUCAUCUCCGACGAUGCGCGUAAGGAGGCUCCCACUUUUCUGUCCAACACCACCAACACCAGCACCAACAACAACAACAGCAGCAGCAAUGCCAACAACAACAAUAGCAGCAACAGCAACAAUUCCAACAACACCGGCAACGGCGGCAACAAUGCGGGCGGCAAUGCAGAACUCAAACGCAAGCUGGCCAUUAAGCAUCAUAGCUAUAGCAUGUCAUCAUCAAAUCGCAGCAAUACGCCCACAGGCAGCGAAAUGGACGAGGAUGAAAUGGUUGUCACCGAAUCGGAGGACAGCAAUGAUUCUUGGACCACCGAGGAGUUUAGCUCGGAGUUUAUAAUGCGUUAUGGCAGCAGGCAUUCCGGUGGCGGCAGCAAUGGUACGCCCGGCAAUGAGAAACCGUUUGCGUGUCCCGUGCCCGGCUGCAAGAAGCGCUACAAGAACGUGAAUGGCAUUAAAUACCAUUCGAAGAACGGCCACAAAAAGGAUGGCAGAGUGCGCAAGGGCUACAAGUGCCACUGUGGCAAGAGCUAUAAAACGGCGCAGGGUCUCAAAAAUCAUGCGCUCAUCACCCACAACACACAGCCGGAGAGUGUUUUGACCACACAGCAGUUGGCCCAUUUGGCGGCAGCAGCGGCGGCGGCAGCAACUGCUGCUGAUUCUUCCAACAACAGCAGCAGCAACAAUAACAACAAUGCAAUACAGCGCAGUCAAUCGCCAUCGCAGUCGCUUGGCUCGCUGAGCCCCUCCAGCAGCAACAUGUCGAGCAGCACCAGCACCAGUUGUCACGGCAGCAACAGUUUGUCCAGCAAUAAUGCUGCUGCCACUGGCGGCAACAUGUUGCAGCAGCUCAGCAAUGGCAAUAUUGUGACGGUAACGAAUUUGCCACAGCAGCCGCAGCAGCAACAAGCGCUGCCCCAGCAGCAGCAGCAACAGUCUCAAAGCGCAACCGCAACAACAACAGGUAACAGCAACAACAGUUUAAUGCGCAGCACACUCGGUUUAGUAUCCAUUAAAGCCAACAACAACCACCAUCACCACCAACAAAUUCUAAAAGUUUGCAAGGGGCAAAACAGAUUGAUUGAUAUAUAUGUUGUGUCUUUAUAUGUAUUAUGGAUGCACGAAUCGUGCCGAUUGUCAACAACAACUCCCAUGCAAAUCUCGUACACCUUCAUUGAGCACAAGUAUUCCGCACUCGGUUUCAAAGAGAAAUUCUUUUCAAAUCUGCGCGCAUCCCGCAAUGCAACAGCCUCCACAGCCAAUGGCGAUAAUCUGGCUGCAGCAGCGUCAGAUGCUGCGUCGAUGGGGAGCACAACUGGUGGCAGUGGCAGCAGCAGUAGCGGCAGCAACAGCAGCAGCAAUGCCAACGCCAACAACAUGCUCAGCGCUGUUGCUGCUGUGGGCCAAAUGUGCGCUCUACAAAACGAGCACAUUCAUCAAAAUCUCUACAAGAAAACAAUCAACUAACGGCCAGAGUUGGAGAGAGAGUGAGAGAUUGGGAUCAGGCUGUGAUGCAGUAGAUUUAUGUCUGAAGCGCGCU